AUGAAAACUCUAAUAUUUUUUCUAAUUGAAAUAAUUCUAUCAGUCAAAAGCAGUGAUAUUGAUGCAAAAAACAUCUUCAAAGGGCUCUACGAGACGUCUGGAUUCCAUUGUUACAGUCGAGAUUCUAUGCGGCUGCCACGUCAUCUGCACGGACGUCCUCAAACCACCGAUCCUCCAUUCGACCUGUCCGUUUUUGAUUCGUCCGGAAAGCGUGUAGAGAGUUAUGAAGUUGGAAAGGUUUAUACAGGCCACCUCUCGUUUUUUUCAGUCAAACUCGAAGCCUAUGUGCAUUUCCGAGGGCUAUUGCUCCAGCCAAGACUUUGUACACCGAACGGAGCAAUAAUUGGAACUUUGAGAGGCGGAAAAUUCAUAGAGGAUGAGCAGUUUGAGACUCACGGCUUGAUGUUUCAUCAAUGUGGACGUCUAGUGACCAACGACUCGUUGACCCAUACUUCAGAUGACAAAAAAUUCCUGACCGAAGCGAAAUGGCACGCUCAACAUGAUGUGGGAAAUGUUCAGUUUGUAGCCACGAUAGCUACCGAAAAUGUGCUCUACUGGGAGAAAUGGCGUCCAAAACAUGCAUUCUUGAAGGGUCCAUAUCAAAAGUGGUCCCAUCAAAAUCCCAACAUUUUCGUCUACAAUUUGGAGAAGGAAAUGGAGCAAAAGAACACUGAAAAAGUGGUCACAUCGGAGCCAAUCACCCCAUCUCAACAUCCACUAUUCGAAGAGCAAAAAGAGUUUUUAAAAGGCAAAAUGGGUACUACAGUAGGCACUACCGUAGUCCCUGCGUCGCUAACCGAGACAUCUGAAAAUUCGGAUGACGUUUUUGAUUUCGACGGAUUGGCAUUUGAAAUUACUGGAAAUCCGGGACCAGUGAAGUUUGAUAAAAUCCAGGUCACUGCUGCGAGUAUGAUGCUUGCAGAGAAGACCGACGUCACGAAGACCCCAGAAAUUUCGGUAGAUCGAAUUUUGAAACAAAAAAUCGAUAAUCCAAAUUUCCAGCACUCCUCAAAAUUCCUAGUAGAAAAACCAACGGAAUCGAGUUUUAUGAUGGGGCGAAUGUUCAAAAAGUUCGCGCCGCUCAAUGAUACCGUACUCCUGGAGGAUGAUUUGAAGUUUUUGAACGCGCACGCACACCAUAGAAGACUACAACACGAUUUUGUGGAUAACAAUGAUUUGGAGAUGGAGGGUGAAACAGUUAGAGUGUCGUCUGCGUCUCUCCAAACUUCAAACGGCUGUAUCUCGACUCCUAGACGUGCUAGAAACUUGGUUCUUUUUGCAAAAUGUAGCGAAAAAUCUAGGAAAUGUGUUCCAAUGCAAAAUUCCAUUAUAAAAAUUUCAGAAAAAUGCCAAGACAACCCGUGCGAAAACGGAGGUCGUUGUAGCGUUCAAAAAGGCAAAAUUCGGUGUCAAUGUGGUGCCGGCUACACAGGCCAAAAUUGUACCGAAAUCGAUAAAUGUAUAGAAAAUGAGUGUGAGAAUAAUUCGACAUGUUUUAAUGAUAAGAGAUCACCAGUCGGCUACUCAUGCAAGUGUCAAAAUGGAACAGUUGGGAAACUGUGUGAAAUUCAAUGUCCAUUGGAUCAGUGUGAAAAUGGCGGGAAAUGCUAUUUGAAUACUUUUGGAAAAAUUGGAUGCAAGUGCUUGCCAGGAACCACUGGAAGACGAUGUGAAAGGGGUAACAGACUACAAACUACAAACUACAAACUACAAUUUUCAUUUCCAGAAAUCAAUGAAUGCGGCUGGAACAAGUGUCGAAAUGGUGCCAAAUGUGUGGACCUUUUUAAUGAUUACCGUUGUGAUUGUGCCGAUGGAUGGAUGGGUCGGAAUUGUGAACGUCCGUGCCAAGACAUUUACGGCUCCUGUCGAGUAUGGAAACGCGAGGGACAAUGUGACCAAAUGAAAAAUGCUACGGAUUUCUUUGAUAUCAAUUGUGCAGCGUCUUGUGGGAUUUGCAAUAAGAUUGAUAAUACGACAGCCACGCCCACUAAGCUCCGCCCCCUUUUUUCAGAUACUUCCUAUCUCCCCCUACAACCGAUUUUGAUGCCAUUUGCAUUUUUAUUAGGAGAAUGGAAGUCCCAAAUUAAAGGAUGGAAUAACCAUACAACGGAUUAUCCUAUCGAUAUGGAAGGAAUGGUGUACAAUGAGACAAUUACGUUCUCGGUGACACCAUCGCUCAGCUUUGGGACACCUUAUUUGAAUUAUACAGCCACAAUGACAAAUCAAGAUGAUCCGAGCAAUAUCCAUCAAUACAACGGAUUCCUAACUAUCCAACAAUACAAAGAAAACGAAGAAUCGCCAGACAAGGGUGCUCUCACCACUGUGAGCAAUACCGGAAUCAUAAUGAUCGAGGAAGGCGAGAUUUUGGACGAAAAAUCGUCCACCGAGGGUGCUCCAACACUGAUGCUCACUCCCACCUAUGAAUUUUUCAAAUUCCCUGUCAAUAAUUCUGGCGGCAAUUCGAAUUUGAAAAAUCCAGAGAGAUCGAAGCGAUGGUUCACACUGAAGAACAAACGAUUAAUGCAGUAUAUGGUCCGAGAAUUCAAGGGGAGGACCCAUAAAUUCACAAAGAUUUAUAAAAAGACGCAGGAAUUCAAAUAUUUGUGA